GAAUUCUUGUUAUUGCUUGUCAGUGUCACUUUGUGUACGUAAAAAAUAUUUCACCACAUAUUUCUCGAUUAUUUAAUAAUACUAUGCGUAUAUGUUGAAAUCAAACAAACAAAAUGACACAAGAAAAUCAAACACCUAGGCCGGGUGAGGCCGCAUUAAAAAAUAUGCAGUUGCUUAAGAAGGAGAGUGCUGUUUUUAAAGUACCUAAGGUUCCCCCUCAAAAGAAACAGACGAAAAAGUUGAAAGUUUUAGAUGAAGAAGACUAUGUAGAGGGCAUAGCGAAGAUAAUCCAAAGAGAUUUUUUCCCAGAUUUAGAAAAAUUAAAAGCUCAAAACGAUUACUUGGAGGCGUCAGAAAACAAAGACUAUGCAAAGUUAAGAGAAAUAGCCAGGAAAUACAGUGGUAGUCGACCGCCCACAGAACCUUAUAACUCGCCAGCAACAUUUGACACACCAGGAGUUAAUGUACCGUUUUCACCGUCUAAUAGAGACCCUCAACAUGAGUUGGUGACACCCAAUGACGGUGGAACGGAAAAACAAAAAGAUGUAACUGACAACCAUACAUUAGAUUCCUUUCUCGCAAAUCACACAAGUGAAGAUAACGCUAGUUACGAUCGUGUGAUCGCCCUUGAGGACAAGAAACGUGCCUCGAAGCUUGCGUCACAGAUGGAAGCUGAGAUGACGUCAGCGGCGUUAGCUGAUGCCGCCUUAGUUCUGCCUUCCAUAGAGCAACAAGCCGACCAGACUAAGAGGCCACAAGAGCUGGACACGUGGAGGUACCGAGCCAAAAACUACAUAAUGUACGUACCAGACGGGGCGGGUGGGAAAGCCCCACUGGGGCCCCAGCUACAACACCACAACACACGCCUCGCAGCGCUGCCCUUCGACCCAGCCAAGAACAAGGAGGUCAUAAGCGCGCUCGCCAAAAACCAGGACGCCACAAUCAAGGGCAAGAUAGGCGUGGACGGGGUGAGCGUGGCGGCCGAGAGGGCGGCGCAGUACGCGUUCGUGGCGACGCCGUCCCCGCGGCCCGGCGCCGGCGCCGACCGCUCGCCGCUCAUGACGUGGGGCGAGAUCGAGGGCACGCCCUUCCGGCUGGACGGCGGGGACACGCCCUUGCCGGCCGUGGGCGCGGGCGCCGCGUAUCGCAUGCUGGAGGGAGGAGCGCGCGAGCGCAUCGCGCUGCAGCUGGCCGAGCGCGCCGCGCGCCGCCGCCGCCCCGCCACGCCGCGCACCCCGCGCCCCGCCGCCUCGCCCGCUUUUAGAACGAACACAGAGAGAUUGGCGAGCAUGUCACCGGCAGCUAGAAAAUUGGCGGCGAAACAUUUAUUAUCCCCGCGACUCAAAUUAACCCCUAACGACGUUGGAAUACUUUCACACGCAACCCCUAAACGCACUCCAACAAUACGGACACCGCUCGUGGCAACACCUAAAAGUGUGUCUUCAGCGCCAUCGACUUCUACUGACAGCUCUGACGUCACAGACAAUAAUAUCACAGAUAAUCUGCUGCAGAUUAAUGUUGCGAAGAGGACAAGAUUAAAAGCUCAAGAUUUUUUUAAUUAAAUGUAAUGUUAUUAUUAAGAAAUACAUAAUUUACUACGUCU